CGAGAGAAGCGCGGAAGCAAUGCUGACAUAUCUGAAGAGGACUUAGAUAUUUCCUAUUGUAGAUGACAUUGAAAGGAAUACGGAAUCCAUGAGCAACGAAAAGCAGAGUUACGGCAGCCACCCAGGGAUGAAUCGAAAUGAAAAUGAAGGAGUUUACCGAAAAGCUGAUAAGAAAUUUGGCGUGAGAUAAACUUGUUUUAGUUUCCGAUAGAGUGGAUAAAAUGGAACUACAAAUCACAAAUCACAAUGAGAGCUCAUUCGUAUCAAUCAACAAUGUCACUAUUACAGAAAUAAAUGACAUUAAUAGCCAUGAACAGCAACAAGUAUUGCAAAGUCAUUGGGAAAACGACAUGCGUCUGCUAAUUUUUGGAGGCAUCCUUUGCUUUAUAGCCGUACUUGCAAAUACCAUAUCGAUAUUUGCCAUUCGACAGAUCCCAGGUAAAAUUACUGCAAACCAUUUGAUGUUUGUAAAUCUAUCUGUAGCAGACGCAUUUGCAGCUUUGAUGUAUUAUAUGUGGAUUGUUAGUAUCUUCCUCUCUAAGUGGCUGUCAGAGGGUGAUCUCCGCGCUAUUUUCCUCGUGACUUACCUGACGAAUUCUGGAUAUAUACUCUUCUACGUCGCCUCUAAUCUUAUUCUCCUAAUGUUUGCCAUCUAUCGCUAUUUGGCUAUCUAUAGGCCCAUUAGCUUCAGCGAUAUCACCAGCUUGUGUAAGAUAUGUGGCUAUUUAACUGGAGUGUGGAUUGUUUCCGUAUUGAUUGCAUGGCCAGGGACCUUUCCUUUGUUUGUGAGGCCUCCAAAACCAUGUAUUCUAACUGAGAAUGUAUCGCAUAAUGUUACAACCAACCCAAAGAUUGUGUUGAAUACCUCUCAUGCUGAUAGCAAAUGGAUCAUUGAUAAUAACACUGGACGUACAACUGCACAAAUCGAGGAAGCCAUUGAUUAUUCUGAUGUAAAAUCGAACUGUGAUAAAUUAAAAGAAUUCGUGGAGUCAACGGGGAUGAGUUUUGAAAAUCUAUAUAACUACUGGAACUACAUAUGGCCCGGAGUAAUGAUUCUAUCAUUUUUGACAAUUGUUGUGCUCUAUAUCCGAGUUUCAAGAUACCUUCAUAAGCGCUCCACGAGGUGGCGCCACGAACACAAUAUGGACGAAAACCUUUAUGCUUUUAUCACUACAGUUUUCUUAAUGACUACACUUACCAUAUCAAUCAUUCCAUAUUUUACCUACAUGAUGAUAAGAUCACACAAUCUUCAUGCUGACCAAAUGAUGCUAAAUAAGAUUUAUUACAACUUCAUCAUAUAUUUUCCCUGGAUAAAUUUUAUCAGUGAUCCCAUCAUAUACGGUUACCGCACAAAGAACAUCAGAGAUGGAUAUUCUAAGAUAGCAUCUGAUGUGACUGCUUGUUUUCGUUCGACCUUCCGAAAUCGAACCGGGGCAAGAACAAAUGUCGGUUACAGUCAAGCAAAUGAACGAUGCAGUUUCAGUACACGGCCCAGUAUAACGGCGAUAACGACUGCGUUAUAAAAAACAAAACGAAUAGAUUAUAUUAUAUAAUAAUAAAUAUGUUUUUCCCUCCUUAGCUUUAACAUCCACAUAAUGUUGCAUCAUUUUUUCUCUUCAUGAUAUCUGUUGUUCUAAGCACA